AAGCAUCCACACCUCAACUCACCAGUUCACCGUAUAAACCACCGCAGCGCGCGACUCUCCGAGCUGCAUGUGCAUGCUUUGCUCCCGGCUGCAGCAAGCCUCUCCCCGCCGGCCGGCCGCGCCGUAUGUUACCCGGUCGAGCGGACAAGUGGAUAACUAGCUAGAUACGUAGCGAAGAACAACGCGCACCGGCUAGCUCGGUGCGCGCGCGGAUCGACAUGGCCGGCGGCCUGCCCCCGGGAUACCGCUUCUACCCGACGGAGGAGGAGCUGAUAUGCUUCUACCUCCGCAACAAGCUCGACAGCCUCCGCGACGACAUCGAGCGCGUCAUCCCCGUCGUCGAUGUCUAUUCCGUCGACCCGUGGCAGCUCUCAGAGAUUCACGAGAGGCUGUGCGGCGGUGCGGGGGAGGGCGAGCCGUGGUUCUACUUCUGCCCGCGGCAGGAGAGGGAGGCGCGGGGCGGGCGGCCCAGCCGAACCACGCCGUCGGGGUACUGGAAGGCGGCGGGCACGCCCGGGGUCGUCUACUCCACCGACCGCCGCGCCAUCGGGAUGAAGAAGACCAUGGUGUUCUACCGCGGCCGCGCGCCGUUGGGGACCAAGACCAUGUGGAAGAUGAACGAAUAUAGGGCGCUCCAGUACGCCGCCGCCGCCACCGGUGCAACUGAUGGGUCCUACUCCAGCGCCCACGCCGCCGCACCACCAAGCCUUCCUCCGCAGCUGAGGAGCGAAUUUAGCCUGUGUCGACUGUACACCAAAUCCGGUACCCUGAGACAGUUUGACCGGCGGCCGCUCGCCGAUGCUACAGGCGGUUCUGGCGAUGAUCCAGGGCCAUCCACGGCAGCCGCCACGUCACCGGAUGAUGGCGAUGGCUCCGGCGACUCCAUGCAACCACAGCAGCAGAUGGAGAGAGGCCCGGACGAUCCAUACAGGGACGAUGUGGUCACCUUGGAUGCCCUUUUAUACUGGCCUGGAGACUAGAUGCGAUGCCUGCUCGGGUGCUCGUUCAAGUGUUAAAUGCACGCCCAAUUAUGACUUAGUUCUUUUUUCAAAAUCAAAUGUUGUUGAAAAUAACGUACGUACAUACUGAAUGAUCUACAUUGAGUAGUAUGAUAUGGUAUGAGGAACCAGAUAUCUUGUAGGUAACGGUUUAUCACUAGCCAUUUUUGUGCUAGAACAAGCUGAUGCAACCCGGACCGUAGAUUGAUUAGUAUAAACUAGAGAGACCUGGUAGCCCUAUGCUUCGUGCAAGCUCUUGUAACACAGUUACUUAACUGCAUACAAAUUUCAGAGAA